UUCUUCUCCGUUUUUAGAAAAAUGAAAAUUAUUGGCGUCUGUGUACGAGGGUCCCUGAACGUCACACGCAGAGCCUCCCCCUGUGAAAGUUCAGUGGUCGUGCAGAAAGUCUGUUCGGGCUGUAAAAUGGACCUGAAAGCGCUGGUCGUGGACGCGCUGGCCCAGCGUAAGACAACCGCUCUUCUGAUCGGUGGAGCCGGCGUUGCUUUUCUGGGAUUUGGCCUCGGAUAUAAAUAUCUGCGAAAGCCAGAAAAGCUUGUUCGUGUAGGCGUCGUGUCGCAGCUCCUCAUUCACCCUCUCAAGUCUGGCAGAGCGGCGUCUGUGGCGCUCGCAGAGUGCCAGAAGUUCGGCUUGAAGUUCGGAGAGCUGCAGGAUCGUCACUGGCUGGUGGUCAAAGAUGACGGUCACAUGGUGACGGGCAGACAGCAGCCUCGCCUGGUGUUGGUGUCUCUGACCUGCGAGGGAGGUCACGUUUGUCUCAACGGACCAAACAUGGAGGAGCUGCGGUUCCCCUUCAAACAGGCCGACAACCCGGUCCUCAACUGCAGAGUGUUUGGCGACAACAUUCAGGGACGGGACUGCGGCGACGAAGCGUCUCGCUGGCUCACAGAUUAUCUGGGGACGGGGCAAACCUUUCGCUUGGUGCACUUCGAACCUCAGAUGAAAGCCAGAUUGUCAGUGGAAACUGAGCCUCUUUUCCCAAAGUCCGAGCAAGUUGCCUACCCAGAUGUAGGACCUGUGAUGCUGCUGUCCGAGUCCUCUGUGAAAGAUCUCAGCAGCAAGCUGGAGAAGGACGUGACGGUGGAGCGUUUCCGCCCGAACAUCGUCAUAAGUGACUGCCAAGCGUUCGAGGAGGAUUCAUGGGAAGAGCUCCAGAUUGGCAGCGUGAGGCUGCAGCGUGUAAUGUCAUGUGGACGAUGCGUUUUCACAACAGUUGACCCUGAAACUGGUGUAAUCUCCAGAAAAGAGCCUCUGGAAACACUGAAAAGUUAUCGUCUGUGCAAACCAUCCGAGAAGCACAUCUACAAGUCGGCUCCGCUGUUUGGACAGCUGCACGUCGUGAAGCAGACGGGCAUCCUGCAGGUCGGCGACGUGGUGUACCAGAUCAUCCGCUGAUCGAAGGAGGGGGGAGUCAGAUUCUCUCUCAGAAACAAGCCAACGAGUAUCAAGUCUGGGAGGGGGGAGAAAAAAAUCUUUGCUAUCAGCACUAUCACUGUGAAAUCACUGGGCCAGUUCACACUAAAGAAAGCACUUUUAUAAAUGUAUUAUACACAAAUAAUGAAGAACACUGAAGCUGCAACAGAAAAAUCAGUGUUUGUGAGAUGAGACUGUGGUUCAGAGAUCCGAUGCAGAACAACAACGAACAAUUUCCACAGCGAGUUGUGUUCUGCGUCCACGUUAUGCAACACUAACGGUGCCUGUAUUAAGCUCACGUCACAUUGAGUUCACUGGUAAUUAAAUCCUGUAAGUACACGCUGCUAUUAAAGAGAGAAAUUAAACUGCCUGAAUUCUACGCAGCAAACUUUACACGUGUAAUUAUUUCCUGGAAUAAAUGAGGCCGGAAACGAUUGCUGAGCAACGGCAACCUCUGGUAUGGAAAAGAAAUAUAUAUAGCAGAGCGUUUGAGGUGUUAUCUGUCUGACUGUUGGAACGUCUGAAUACAUUUUCACGUUUUCACAUAUUAAGGUGUGAAAGCAACUAAUGUAAAUACAAAUCAUUAAAUCAUUGGCAUCAAG